AAAACGAUGCAGGCCUGCACUGCAAUGGCAUUUACCUUGCACAGGAAAUCCGAGUUUCUUGUGGCUCUUGCAGAUUAUUCUGUGAAGUGUUUCGAUAAAGAUAGCAAAGAACUGGUGAGCUGGAUGCGUGGACACGAGUCCACAGUCACGUCGAUCUCCGUACAUGGGUCUGGCCGUUAUGCUGUCACCACAUCCAAUGACACCGCUCAGCUCUGGGACCUGGACACCUUCCAGAGGAAGAGAAAGCUGAAUGUUCGCCAGUCUGUGGGAAUACAGAAGGUAUUUUUUCUUCCGCUAAGUAAUACAAUCCUGAGCUGUUUUAAGGACAAUUCCAUCUUUGCUUGGGAAAGCGAUACUCUUACCUGCAAAUAUCAGCUUCCAUCUCCCGAAGAUGGGUCCAUGGUGCGAUACAAAGCCUUCGCUGUUACAAGGGAUGGAAGAAUGCUGGCAGCUGGAGGAAAAUCCAACAACGUACAUCUGUGGUGUCUGACCUCCAAGCAGCUAUUCAGAGUCCUCCAGAUGCCCAGCACGGUGCGGAGUGUUCGCCAGCUUGAGUUCCUUCCUGACAGCUUUGAUGGCGGAUCCAGUCAAGUUUUAGGUGUGCUCAGUCAAGAUGGGAUAAUGAGAUUCAUCAAUAUCCAAACAUGUAAACUUGCGUUUGACAUUGGAAGCCAUGAUGGCGGCAUAGUGACUUCUUCCGUAAGCCCCAAUGGACGUUAUAUUGCCAGUGUCAUGGAUAAUGGAAGUGUGAACUUGUACAGUGUUCAGGCUUUGACCAAGGAAAUCAAUAAGCCUCCGCCACCACUUGUAAAAGCGGUUGAUUUAAGUAAAGACAAGGACUCCACAGUGGAAAAGUCUAAAGCCAGCAGUGAGAGAGUCAAAGUUUCAGCCGACCGCAUAUGUCGUCCGUGGAAGUCAAAGGAAGAAAUAGUGAAAACCCGCAUUCUGCGUCCAGACGGGGAUGAUAAUGACAGUAAUAAAGAGAAUGUGUUGCCAACUGGACUGAACAAGCAGCGGCUUCUAGCGUUAUUGAAGGGCUUUGGAGAGUAUCCAACGAAAUACAGGAUGUUUAUCUGGCGCUCACUACUCCAGCUGCCAGAGAACCAUGCAGCUUUCAGCAGCCUAACUGACAAGGGCACGCAUCCCCAGUACCUCCAGCUUCACCAGGAAUACCCCAUUAAAAGCAGGAAGCUCCUGAGAGUGCUACAAAGGACACUUUCAGCCUUGGCUCAUUGGUCUGCGAUAUUUGGAGAGACUAAAUACUUACCUCUGCUGGCCUUUCCAUUUGUCAAGCUUUUUCAGAACAAUCAGCUCAUCUGCUUUGAAGUUGUUGCUACUGUCACAACUAACUGGUGUCAGCAUUGGUUCGAGUACUUCCCUAAUCCACCGAUCAACAUCCUUGGCAUGGUUGAGAAUGUUUUGGCACAUCACGACAAGGAAGUUCUUCAGCAUUUCUUGAAUUUUGGAGUUACGUCUCAGGUUUAUGCCUGGCCACUCCUGGAAACUCUGUUCUCUGAGGUUUUAACCAGAGAAGAAUGGCUGAAGCUGUUUGAUAAUGUGUUUUCCAACCAUCCCUCUUUCCUGUUGAUGGCGGUAGUGGCCUAUGUCCUGUGCUCGCGCUCCCCUUUACUGCACUGCAACCAGAAGGAAGACAUUGAGUAUUUUUUCCAUCACCGGAAUAACUUGGAUAUCAACUUGAUGAUUAAAGAAUCGUACCAUCUCAUGGAUGCCACCCCAGCCGAGAUCCACCCUCAGCGCCUUCUCAGUGAAUUUGUGCCCCUCACUAAGGGACAGUAUCCCAUAUUCAAUAAAUACCCCAAAUUUAUUGUGGAUUAUCAGAGUCAAGAGAGGGAGAGGCUUCACCAGGAAGAACUGGAAUACUUACGAGAGAAGCAAAUAACCCAUGAAGUUGAAGCAGAAGCAAUAAAACGCAGAGCUGAAGAUGAAGCCUGGUAUCAACAGCAAGAGCUCCUCCGAGGAGCAGAGCAACAGAGACGCCAACUACUAAUGGAUGAGGAGCAAAGACUUCUGUACCAGAGGCAGAGGUUGGCAGCUAUCAAAAGAGAGCUCAAAUUAAAAGAGCUUCAGCUUCUGGAUGGUGCACGCAGGCGCUUCUUGAGGCACCAGCAGGAUCAGCGCAAGAUGGAGCUCAAACGCCUGGAUGAUGACAUUGAACGCAAGAUGUGCAUGCGAGAGAGAGAAACUGCAGCUGUCAUGCAAGACGUGGAGAUCAAACAGAUGGAACUGGAGGCCCAGAGACGCUUUUAUGAGCAACAACUUGCUAAAGAGCAGGAAAAAGAGAGACAGGAAGUUAAAGGAGAACUUGAUGCUAACCGACGGAAAGGCUGACCUGGAAGAACAGAUGUUCUGGAGACUAAUGGAAACUGAGGCUGAUUUAAAGGACCAGAAGUUGCUGGAAGAGAGUUUGGCAAAAGCCGACCAUCUGAGCUCAGAGACUGAGUGGAAAAUUCAGGCACUUCACAAACAGCAGCAGGACGACCUCAAGCGAAGCAAACAUUACGAAGAAAUGUUGUCACUGACCGAGGGUAUUAAGGAGCAGGAGAAGCAGCUGCACAAUGUCGUCAAAGAGCUGGAAACUCGAAAGUGGGCAGAGACUACUAACAGACUUGUGCAGCUAGAAACAGAACAGCUCGCAAAAUCCACACAAGAUGCUGAAAGGAGGAAGUUUUUGCACACAGGAAAAGUACAGGAGGUGUCGGCAGAGAGACAUCUUACUACAGACUGACAAGGAAUAUUAUGACAAAGUCCUGAAUCAAGGUGUGCCAAUGAGAAAUUCUUUACGGGAAGAGGCGGAUGGUCAGAAGAAGACGGAAAAUAUUUGCUUAAAUGAUGUGUCUUCCUCUGACUCCUCCACCCACUUUUCUUUGGAUCGAGGGAGGGGAGACUUGGAGAAUAAAGAGCGCGCUCUCCUGUCAGAAGUACGAGAGCUCAGACAGAAGUUGGCAUCCCAGGCUCACAAACAGUACCCAACCUCGCUUCACCAAGACACACUAUGGACUUGA